AUAGAGAUCAGCGCAGUCGCGCACCUUCUGCGUGACGUGAGCGAUCCUCCUGUUUGUUUGUGUAGCUCGAGGAUGAAAAUGGCGCUGGGGAGAGAUCAACGCGAGAAUUAAACACACAAAUGACCAUUUAACUUGGAUGACAGCAGCACUGCAGCCCCGCAACGGAAUAAGCAAAUACCUUAGCAUCAUUCGAGUGCAUUUGCAAAGGCAAACACCAGAGUUUAACGAAGAAAAAACAGCGCCCUGGAUUUAAAAUAGCUCCUGAAAUUAGCCCGCUAAGUUAACCUCGCUAGCUUAGCCUACACUCAACUGGAAGAUUCAACGACCACCACAAUAACGGAAUAAUUGUCUCGGAUUAAGAUGAACUGCGCUUUUUUGCUUUAUCGCUUAAAUUCAAGUUCAGUCGUGGGCACUGGGCUUGCAAAAAUGUUUGCAUCUGACUGAAUGCAUAACUAAUCGUCCCAUCUGGCAGCAUUAGCCUGCAAACAUCAUUCUACAGCCAUCCUAAAGUUCAACAGGCAUCUGGAUUGAACAGGUUACAUCAGGUGUCCGUUUCACCACUGCCUCCCCCGGUGGGAUGGGUCUGAAUGCCAGAGAGGGUAUGGCGCCGUAGCGUUGACAUCGCUCCCAUCACUUAAACCCAGUGGACCACAGCCAUAGUGCUCCUCUCAAUGAGGAUCCCUCUGGAGCCCUAGAUCAAGUGUUCAUAUGCUCAAAAUGAGUGCUGCAGGGGAGAAUGCCCUUGACCCCCACACCCCAGAACCAAGAAAGAGGAAGGGCUCACCAUGUGAUACCUCUGGUCCAAGUGUGGAGAAGCGACGGCGGGAGCUAGAAUGCCGCUACAUCGAUGAACUGGCCGAGCUGCUGUCGGCCAACAUGAGCGACAUUGCCAGCCUGAACGUGAAGCCGGACAAAUGCCACAUCCUAAAAAGCACCGUGGACCAGAUCCAGCAGAUUAAAAGGCGCGAGCGAGAGAAAGCAGCUCUGAUGUCUCCAGAAGAUGAGGUGCAGAAAAGCGACAUAUCGUCCAGCAGUCAGGGGAUGGUAGAGAAGGAAGCCCUCGGGCCGCUCCUCUUAGAGGCCCUGGAUGGCUUCUUCUUCGUCGUGAACCGCGAGGGCCGCAUCGUGUUUGUGUCUGAGAACGUCACCGGUUAUCUGGGCUACACCCAGGAAGAGCUGAUGACCUCCAGCGUCUACAGCAUCCUUCACGUGGGAGAUCACAACGAGUUUGUGCGUAACCUGCUGCCCAAAAGCCUUGUAAACGGUGUGCCGUGGCCUCAGGAACAAGGCCGGCGGAACGGGCACACGUUUAACUGCAGGUUGCUGAAAAGGCCUCCGGACGAGGUGGACACUGAAAACCAGGAGGCUCGACAGCAGUACGAGCCUAUGCACUGCUUCACGGUUUCUCAGCCCAAAGCAGUACAGGAGGAGGGCGAGGACUUGCAGAGCUGCUUGAUCUGUAUAGCAUGCCGAAUGCCCCGUCCACCACAGAUCCCUGUCAAUACAGAGUCCUUCAUCACCAGGCAGGACCCUACAGGGAAAAUCAUCUCUAUUGAGACCAGUGCUCUGAGGGCCACAGGGCGACCAGGCUGGGAGGACCUGGUCAGGAAGUGCAUCUACGCAUUCUUCCAGCCUCAGGGCAGCGAGCCCUCCCAUGCCAAGAAGCUGCUUCACGAGGUGAUGACCCAUGGCACGGCCAUCAGUCCUCUGUACCAUUUCACACUCAGUGAUGGGACACCUCUCAGUGCGCAGACGCGCUGCAAAUUCUGCUGCCCCCCAAACCCAGAUGUACAGCCCUUCAUCAUGGGCAUUCACACUAUAGACAGGGAACACAACACUGCUAGCUCUCAGGAAAACACUACCCCCAGCCUUCCGUCUCCUGCUGCCCCACCCUCCCGCUCACCUGCCCUACAGCCCUCCAGUGACCUCAGCCUCCAUCUCAGCAACAGCAACGGCACCUGUGCCACUCCUGGACCCCCCACACCCACUCCGCCGGGUUACCUGACACCCAGCCGCGUCGGGCCAUCUCAGCAGGUCAGCAGCCCGUCUCCACUAGGCAGCCCCCUCACAGCCGCCCCUACCUCAUUCAUGUCACCUCGACCUCCAAGGGUCAGUCCGGGCCUGGCAAGCAGCCCUCGGGUACCCGGCCACCCCUUUUCACCCUCGGCACCCGGUAUCCACUCGCCUGCCGGUGGUCUGACCAGGCAACAGUCCGGUGGCGACGUCGUCAGUUUCUCUCUCCCCUCUCCUCUAACCUCUAGACAGACUCCUACCCCCAGCAGCUCUCCGGCACGUCAGCCCCCUGCCAAACCUCCAGAAGCAUGCAUAGACGAGCCUAAGAGUGCUGCGGGGGGCAACCCCAAACUCAACCAGCUCCUGGACGGCAACCCUGAACACGACUCCCAGACCCGUUCUGGAUCCCAGUGCCCGGCCUCUCACAGCACCCUGACUGAGCGGCACAAGAUUCUGCAUCGCCUGCUCCAGGACAGCAGCAGCCCUGCAGACGUAUCCAAUGAGCCUGAGAUCAAGAAGGAGCCUCCAACAAGUCCCAAUGCGGCUUUGGCGAUGAGGAUGGGAGGCGGGAAAGAGCCGCAGGACCACCAGCUGCUACGUUUCCUGCUGGAUACAGAUGAAAAGGACCUGGAGGACCUGCCACCUCCAGCCGCCCUCAGCCUUCAGACGGUCAAGGUGAAGUCAGAGAAAAAAGGGAGCAGAGAAAAUGUACCAUGUGCAGCUGCUGCAGCUGAAACUGCAACUUCUGCAACGACAUGCUCACCUAAAUCCAGUGACAGGCAAAGCCCGCAGUUUCCCAGUACCGAUCUGGAUACUUUAAACCAGCUGUUGCCCUCUUUGAGAAGCUCAGCAGGAGGGAAAGCUGUGGAGGAGCCUGCACUCAUCCAGCCCAGCGAAGACAACCUUUCUAUUGGGUUGAGCGUGAAGAAAGAGUCACCGGUAACGUCGAGCCAAGCAUUCCCUGAUGGCUCAAACCUCACACGUCAGUCCUCUUUUGAGUUCUGCGACCCCUCCACGCCAAACCAGGGUCAGGUACAGGUGGCUGAUCUGGGGCAGACAGACCCAUUUCAGCCACCUAAGGAAAGCGGCAGUCCCUUUGCCAAUCCAACCAGCCUCAACACUUUCAAUACCAACACAGGUUUGGCCAAGCUGGAGCUUCCUGAUUCUCAGCAGUUCCAAACUUUGCCCUUGGUUGAACCUAUGACUUUUGACAGCAGCUUGGGCAACCAAACGCAGGCCCCCCUGUCCUCUCCUCAAGAGCAGUGUGUUCCCUGUCCGCUGGAUGAGAUGCUGUGUCCUCCCACCACUCCCGAGGGCCGUAAUGAUGAGAAGGCCUUGCUGGAGCAGCUGGUCACUUUUUUAAGCCACACCGAUGAGAGCGAGCUGGCCGAGUUGGACCGAGCACUGGGCAUCGACAAGCUUGUUCAAAGUGGAUGCCUCGAACCUGUCACCCAGGCCUUUCCUCUGCCUCAGCUCCCAAACGCUGUACCUAUGGAGCCCAAGCUACCCAGCUAUCCCACCAAGUUCCCAUCUUCACCCUCACAGUUUCCUCCUGAGAUGGGCACAACACAGGGCAUGAGCUUCGGGGCCCCACGAAUGCCGUUUCCUGGCAACGCGGGCAUGGCGGUGCGGCCCGGCAUGAACCGGACUCCUGGUGUGCCCAACCAGCUGCGACUGCCUCCCAACCAGCUGAGACUCCAGCUACAGCAACGUUUGCAAGGUCCACAGCAGCUCCAGAACAGACUCGCCGCCAUGGGCCAGUUCCCACAAGGGGGGCAUGUUGCCAUGGGGAUGCGCCAGGGUAUGCAGCAGCCUCAGAUGCCCUCUCAGCCUCCUCUUAACGCUCAGAUGAUGGCCCAGCGGCAACGGGAGCUCUACAGUUUCCAGCACCGCCAGCGGCAGCUUUUGCAGCAGAAAGUCAUGCUGAUGAGGCAAGGUAUAAACCCUGGACCUCUGGGAGCACAGCAGGUUCCCAAGGGUCCCCCGCAGCAGCAACCGCAACCUCAGCCACAGCAGUUUGGCUAUCCUCCAGGCUACAAUGCCAUGCCUGGAAGCACACCUACCUCCCCGAGCCACUUUAACCCCAUAGGGGGACCUCUCGACCCCAAGCUGUCUACCAGGGGUGGCAUGGGCAACCAAGGCAUUAUGGGAGGCAUUCAAGGACAGUUUGGUGGACCUGUGAACACUCCUGUUCAGCAGGGGCUUUUUCAGCAAUUUGGGGGGCCUGGCAUGAUCCAGCAAGGAGAUCCAUCCUUUGCUCCUGAGCUCAGUCCAACCAGCCCUUUGCUUUCACCACAGAACUCCACCUCCCAGAGUCCUUUGCUCCAGCAAACGCAACCUCCACCUGGUUAUCAGUCACCUGACAUGAAGAACUGGCAGCAAGGCGCUAUGGGCAACAACAGUAUAUUUAACCAGGCUGGUGGCCAGCCUACCUCUCAAAGCUUUGGGCAGCAAAGCGUGUAUAACAACAUGAGUAUCACCGUCUCAAUGGCUGGAGGAUCAGGAGCGGUGAGCUCUCUACCUCCCAUCGGACCAUCUGUCGGCAUGGGCAACAACAACCUUGGCAACGUCACUUCAAUGUGUAAUGAUCAGGUACAGCAGGUUCAGGUGUUUGCUGAUGUCCAGUGCACGGUAAACCUGGUGGGCAGCGACUCCUACCUGAACCAGUCAGGUCCCAUAGGGUCCCAGAAGGGUCCGAGCGGGACCCCCACGUCCCAGUCUCAGCAGAAGAGCCUGCUCCAGCAGCUCCUGACCGAGUGACACCUCAAAAACCUGCCAGAGGACCGUAUCCACACAUAGAGAUUUGUAUUCUUCACCUUCGGUUUCUAUACAGUAUAUCUGCAGGGUUGGUGCCUGGGCCCAGGCUUGUGAGAUUUCAUAGGCGUUUGAUGGAGCGCUCAUUCCUGGUCACCUUUUAUAAAGUCUGCUUCCUGAAUGGAGAAAAGAUCACGUUGCAAGAAUUUGCCAAGUCUGUACAAGGACCUGCUGCUUCAGCCGGCUAAACGUCCUAUCGGUCAGGCCAACGUUGCAAUGCUUCUUGGAGAGCAGCGCGGCGGCCGAGCUCGGAUCGGUGGGAUUGGAAACCGGGGCGGGCUGUUGCCCUAGUGUUGCUAUGUUCAUGGUAUAUUGCUCAGUUUCAGCUGGAUCUGUGACUGGUAGGCUCUCCCCAGCAGUGCCUGAUGAUGGGAAGUAUUUCCCACCUUUUUAUUUGUUGUUUCGUUGCUUUUUUAAUGUCUGCCGUUGCCGUUUUCAGAACAAGCGUCGCCCGGAUGGGAGACUGCUCUGUUGUGCGUACUUGUAUGCCGCAGGCUUUCCGGGCAAGACUGUUUUGAAUCGGCAAAAAAUAUUUUGUUUAUGUCCUACACAUUUCCCCCCCAGCAGCUGUGAAUACGAGCCACUUAGGGUCAACUCAGCCUAUCAGUGUUGUUUGCGGCUAUGUGUUGUGCAGGUUGGUAUUAUUGUACAGCAUAAACGGACAAAGUUGAGAUAAACCCACACUUUCAAAAUACAGGCAAUUCACCUUUUAAAACAUCAUCAUGAUCAGUUUGCUUUUUUAAUAAUAGCUUUGAGAAUCUAUCAAUUAGUUUUUAUUUUAAAAAUUAAUUUUUAAAAUCAAAAAGUGUUACAGACGUAACAAACCUCAAUAUUAUCCGGGGGUUUUGUGUGCUCUAAGCGUAUCUAUAUAUAUAUUAAGAUUUUUACGAUCGAUGUUGGUUAUCGAAAAAUAUGCUUUUAACGCCCGAAUAAAUGUUACAAACGUUAUUUUGCAUUGUACACAGGCGCAAAAAUGUACAUUGUACAUUGUUUUUCAACUCGGUUGAGUGUUUCAAGGUUGCACCUGCAAACCACAGGUGCUCUCCCGAUUCUGCAGCACGACGCACCAUUGUCGGCUGCAUUCUCCAGCUCUUCGACUGCUCAUAAGACUACUGUUGCCCAGUCAGACACUGUUCAUCAGCAUUAUUUUUCAUUCUUUUACCUACUAGUCGACCCUUUGAGAAUCAUUAUAAUUAAAAAAACUAUUCGAACACACCUGAUAACAUGCAAUAACAUUACAAGAAGAAAAAAAAGCUUAUUUCCCGAAUGUAAAAUGUAGUAACGAAAAUCAAAAUUACCUCAUUUAAUUUUUUCUAUUCUAAGUUAUUAGCAAGCCCUUUACUAAAAACAAUAAAAAAAAAGAUUUAAAAUACGUCAUCAAUGUUAUUGAUCGAAAUUUAUGUCUCCAAGUAUUUCGCAAUCGUGCAACGUAAUUGGAGCACAACUCGAAAUUGUUCAGGCACUGGAAAGUGUUGCACGCACGACCGUCUCCCUUCACACGUAUUUUCAUUUUGCUUUUGACAGUGCUCUUCUGUUCGUGCGUUUAAGUGGCGUGGCUUUGUGUGUUUGUUCUCUGUAUACGAAAAACGGCUCCUCUUUUCCAACGCUACACCAGCUCAGACUGUCCUUACGAAGGAACUGUAAAGUUUCGUAAAGCAGAUCAUCCUCAUUCAUCCAUUUAAUUCAACCGAAAGUGUGUACUGAUGAAAUUUUCGGUAUAUUUAAAUGUACAUAGACGUUACAGAAAUCAACGUGAGUGAAUAACACGUAAUUUUCAGUGUUUUUACAUUUUUUGGGGGUCACGGAAGAAAACGGACAUUGUAACGUUCAUUUCUGCCCUCCUCUUUGGGGAACAGGCAUUCCUGUGUAGAUAUAUAAAAAAAAUAAUGGUUGGAAAUACUUUUUUAUGCAGUGGGUCAGAUUCAUUUAUUUUUGUCCAUUUAAUGAACCCUACCUGUCAUCAUUUGCUAUGUUUAUUAUGCCAAAUGUACCGAACUAGCGGACAGCGCCUAUUAAUAAUGUUUUAUGUUUUGUUUAUGCUCUGUUAUAACGCCUCUCACAGUCAGUACACAACAACAAGGUACAAUAGACCUAUUCAAAACCUGGUUUAUCAAAGUAUUGUGUAUAUAACAGAUAAAUGUGAAUAUGUAUCUGUUCAGAAUCAAGAAAAUGUAGUGCUCCGAGUUUGUGGUAAUAACUACUUGCUUCCAUUUAUUUUAUUUCUUUCGUUUCGUUUUCUUUUGAGAUGUGUAUGUGGCUGUCUGAAAGCGUGUAUGUGUGUGUGAUUAAUACUGUAUAUCUGGUGUUUAAUAUGGAAACUAUGUCCUGAUUUGAUUUUUUUUCUUUCUUUAUUUUGUUUUUUGGAAUACCUGCAACUUUUCCUGUGGGUGUUGAGAUUGCUCUAUAUGUGAGAAUGGUUUAGCGACUGCUGAAUGUGACUUUGCUGAGGGAGAAGCAGCAUGGACUGGCUUUUGUACGGGUUAAUUUAAAAAAGGCCAUAUUAUUUAAUUUCUCUGUUGUCAAAGUUUUAACAGCUCUGACGAGUGGAACCUUGGUUUGAGAACAGUACCGGGUUAUCGCGGUGGGGUUUCGUCAACUGCCUGUUGUAGUUUUGCCAUGUGUAGAUAAGAACGAAAUAAUGACCAAAGCUUCAAGAUAUACUAAAAGAUUCAUAUCAUAUGCAAGGUUCAUGCAAUUGGACAAAACAAAUGUAGCAUUUGGUUUUUCCUGAAAAGGCUUCUCAUACCCUGCUAUAUUUGAACACUAACGUUUUGUUGCUUGCGUUUUUAUUUUAUAUCUAUAUUUAUAUCUAUAUUUUUCAACAACAUCCCCGUAGCGCUAGUUCCAAAUGGAUUAUGAUUUUUUUUGUAGUUCAGUAUUGAAUUACCUUCCCCUCUUGCUACUGACUUACCAAACAUGCAAACGCCUCUUCGGGAGGCACUCUAAACACUGUUUUCAGGAAAAAAAUACAUUUUCAACAGCUAGCUAUGCACCUUAAUGGUAAAUAAAAAGCAUUUGGCUUUUAUUUUAAAACUGACACAAAAAUUAUUACUUGGACUGCAGUGUUAUGUACAGGAACAAGCGAUGCAUGCUUACAAUGAUCUCCUGUUUCUCCUCACUUUUUUAACUCAAGGAUAUAUAUAUAUAAUUUGUAGUUCAAAACAAGUGGUUUUGAGCUACUAGGGGCUAAAACAUACUGAUGCAACUAUACUUGGAUAUUUGACUUCUUUAUUUAGCUGGAUUCUUUAUACCAAAUUUGAGGUGCCUCUUGUAUAUAUUUUCUGCAUAGAGGACUGCUCCUCACGGUUUGAUGAGCGUUUUCUUGUUUAUGAGGAUUUUCUUAUACUGACCUUUCUAAGACUUUUGCUGUAUUUUACAUGAAUUUUUUACGAAAAACGUACCAGGAACUUGCAAGGAAUACAAUCUAGUUUUGCACUUUAUACGCGAAUUAUAAGGAAAGAGGCCAUUACAAAGUAGUACCAUGUUUAAACGAGAACGCCGAAAAUACCCCCCUUGAAUGUAUUUUGUGAAGUUAAAUGCCAUUUCGCACGUCUCAGGUUCUUCGUAAAGAACUUAGGCCCUAAUCAUUGGAUACCAAUAAAAGCGCAGGGUAGCUGAGCCUUUGCUACAUGGGUGUUUUUUCUGCUGCAGAACCAUAGAUCUAACUAUGCCUAUUUUCUUCAGGUGCUCCACCUCCCCUUGCCCCCCAUCCUAAUCUAGUCGAUGUUCAGACCACCUCCGAGCUAUAUCUCUUAAAGACAUUCCUCAUUCAACUCCGCUUUCAGUUCAUCGCAAUCUGCGUUUAAGUGUUGUAGGGUUCGAGGCCCUGCACACUCAGUGCCAAGUGCUAAUAACCAUUUAUGCAAACUCGUACAAUCUGUAUUUCCUCAUGGUGACAUCACUGCAUCCAUUGUAGUGAUUCAUACGUAUUGACCACCACACACUCUCCUCGUCAUUCAGAUUUCAUCUCUACACACAGUAUCAUCUAUAGUAGCUACUGUUUACCUGAAAUUUUUGCAUAUUGUAAGUGCUGCCUUAUUAAUAUACCGAUAUUGGUGAAGGGAAGUUAUGUGUUUGUAACUCCACUGAAACGGUAUUUGUUUCUUUAGGGCAAGGUUCCACUUGUCACCUGUGAAAUUAAUAUAAAUAAACAAAUAUAUAUAGAUAUAUACAUUUUACUCAUUUUGUCCAGUUUUGUAUAAUACUUGUGAAACGUUUUUCUUAAGAGGUAUCAUUGCAGCGGUGUGGGACAUUAUGAAUGAAGAUGUAUCUGGGAGACUUCUGCAUGUUUUGUCAUGUUUUCGUUUUGUUUUCUCUAUAAAUCCAGGUUUAUCUGGAGAAUCCUACCUUUCUUGGGACGUUGUAGACAAUCAGUCACAUGCUGGGUCCAGCACCUGCAGGAGUGUCCUGUGGGCUGCAAAACUGUGUUUAGCAUCUACUGAAUCAGUCUUAUUUUUUUCUUUGUCCAUUUCACAGAAUUAUGUGGCUGCUCGAACUGAGAUUUGAAGUUUACACAUACAUUACACACAUACACUCAGACAGACAAGAAACAUUCACGUUACACCUCGUGCAUAUGGCCCCAUAUGUUGCUUUUCCAAGGUGAAGAUACAUACCUUGAAGGAAAUUAUGCUUUUGACUAACAAAUCUCUAUAACAUCCAUGAAUGUGAGAAUGCAACACAUUGCAAUAAAGCACCAUGUUUAAAAGGACUGCCAGUGCUAUCUUUAUCUACAUCUGAAAAUGUCAACCUUCAUCUGGAUUCACAUGAGACAAAAUUGGUAUGCAUCAAUGUGUUUAUUAUGCAAAUGUGAAACAUUGUAUCAACUGUUAGUUUUAAUACAUAAGAUAAGAUGAUGUAGUUUGCAUUAAUAUUAAAUAUUUUCUCUCUAUGCUAAAGAGAAACAGA